ACAACUGGCCAUUCGGUAUUUGGUUUGGCAAAUCGAUCAAAGUGUAUAUUUUUCAUCAUGAGGAAUCUUAUUGUAUUAAUAGCAAUGACCCUGUUGGCAGUUACAAGUGCCCAAGAUAUCGGUACAACUGCUGAAGUUCUUCAGAGUAUUUACUAUAGGUGUGUGGACAGUGACUUGAUGCUGUCUUGUGUCAAGCCGAGAGUAUUGGCAUACCUAACUGAUGUUGUCAAACAAGAACGUGUUGCAAUUACUGAAGAUCUAGCAAUCAUCCGUACCAGAGAAAUGCCACCUGAUACUGAAAAUUAUACCCAGUUUGAAGAAGUUGAACCAGAGAGAAAAGAUCUUCUCCGUGCUUUGAUGCUCGAAAAAUUAGAUUCUUAUAUUAGCAGUCAUCGACUUGAAGCUAAACUCCCUGAAGCUAUUAAUGGAUCUAGUAUUGUUCCUAGAUCAUUCAUGGAUUCCGUUCCAAGCAAACUUAGCUUGCCACUUUCUGAUUCAACCAGUGAACAAGGACGUAGUUUCGUGAAAAAAGUCAUGAUUCCUUUUUUGUUGGGUUUAAAAUUUAAAGCAACUGCGCUGGUUCCUCUUGCUCUUGCCUUAAUUGCACUUAAGACAUGGAAAGCUUUGACAUUAGGACUUUUAUCAAUGGUUUUGAGUGGUGCAAUGCUUAUCUUUAAAUUAUCCAAGCCCAAAGUUGCAUACGAAGUUGUACAUUAUGGUCAUCCUCCUGUUGAGCAUGCUGCUGCACACUGGGACGCUCCAUCUAAUGGACCGUACAAUGCUUAUUACAAAAAAUAAAAUAAAUCUAUUUGUACUUUUAAUAUGUCCGCCGAACUUUUGUAUUUAAUAUUUAUUAGAAUGAUGUAUUUAUAAAAGAUAUUUAUUUACAUGCAGUAAUUUUUAAUAA